UACAGGAGGCAUAUCACUACUUGCCGGUUUGAUAUACAGGUUGCAGUCCAAAAAAAAAAAAUAAAAAAUACAGGUUGCAGUCCUGAAACAGAUUGCAUCAUUGGGAUUUUAACUAUGGUCUUAAUGUGAUACUUACCAAAAAAAAACAAAACACGAAAAGUAAAACGACGAAGGGGUGUGACGUCACUAACGACGCAAGCAGCGCACGAAGGUCUAUCGUGUUCAGUUUCCGAGCAGUUGUGUGUCAGGAUGAGCACAUCGAUGGCCUGUAAGAGUCAACAUGCAGCAGAUGUCUAUGAGCCUGUGGGCCAAAGCUCAGAGCUCAGCCUGGUGGAGAUGACGGAGGUAGAGUACUUGCAGCACAUUAUUCAGAGCCACAUUGAUGCUCAGGUGACCGAGACGGACAGCUCGGGCCUUUCACAGCUUGAAGAAAGCUUGUAUGACGAGCCAGAGAGGCGUCUGGCCUGCUCGCCUCAGAGCCCCUUAGUGUGCAGGCCGGAGGGGACAUCAGCGGGGCCGGUGGACCUGCAGGACAUCAAGAUGCUGUUGCUGAGCGAGUCGAACACCACGCCUGCCAGCAGCGCUGAGGUGCCAGGCUCAGUGCUGAGCAGAGUCCAGUGUGUCGUCGAAGAGAGGGCCGAUGAACGGCCCCUGGAGGGGAGACCCAGCCCAGCUGCGCGUGUCUGCCUGGAGAAGAGAUUUUUAUCAGUGCUUUGUCAUUCUACAAACACUUCAGGGAUAGCCACACAUGCACAAACAGAGAAAUGGAGUAAACCAGACAAGAUGGUGAAAAUACAGGGCACGCAUCCAUACGAAGGACGUCUGUUCAAAUCGGGUGUGCAGUCUGAGCUGAUCAUUCCUACAGAGCUGACUGUGAGUUUCAGAGCAGAUAAAGGCCCCGAGUCUGUGAUGAGAGCUCCGCUUGUCAUUUACACGGACACUGCUGACCAGCAAACUGCAGACACACUGAAGAAUGAGGCGGUGGAUAAAGCUGCGCACCCCAUCAAGCGCGUCCGCACAAGGCCUCUCAGCUCAUCUAAUAUCAUGCAGGACUCGGAGAACUGGAAGCCGUACGCCGGUAUGUGCGGGACUAAACGUUGCAGGACAAGACCUCUCAUGGACCGAACUCAGCGCAAAGAAGUACACAACAGAAAGGAGCGCGAUCGCAGGAGAAGGAUCCGUCUGUGCUGUGACGAGUUAAACCUGCUGGUGCCGUUCUGUUACGCCGACACCGAUAAAGCCACCACACUGCAGUGGACCACGGCCUUCCUCAAAUACAUCCAGGAAAUACACGGAGACCGACUCAAGCAGGAUUUCCAGAGCACUUUCUGUGGCAAGACUGGACUGCGGUUGAAGCCUAGCUGUGUUUCAGUGGCACAUCUCCUCGAACCCUAUAAAAACACAACAGAGCCUGUGGACUCAUCCUCGCACAGCUGACUUCCUGUUCUCUGCUGCAGUGUUGUGAAUGUGUGCCUGUAGUUUGACAUGAAUGUUUUCCGCGUGGGUUUAUUGAAUGAUGCUAGUUCCUCUCUUCCACUAGCCCGUGCCCAGAAGACCCUGAGCGUUUGUUGUCUUAGACCAGCUCGAGUGUAGACCGAGGCUCAACCCACUGUUCAUUUUAUUUCACACCGUCACGUCUGCAGAGCAAACCCUACUGUAAUAUAGUUCAC